AUGUCAUCGUCACCAAGUAUUUUGAAAAGAUUCAGAAAUUCAAUUAAACACAAAUCUUCAAGUACAUCAAAUUCCAACCCCGAAUUUGAAGAUAACCAAGUAUUAAAUUUAUUGGAAUCGAUUUACAUUGAAGGUCAAAAGCAUGCUGAACAAGAAUUUGGUAAGAAAGUUAAGGUUUAUGGAUGGUCAGAUCCUAAACAAUCACAAUAUUAUCAAGAUUUAAUUCACCAAGCUUAUCAAGAAGGACAAAUGUCAUAUCAAAAACAACAUUCCACCAACAAAGACAAUGUGAUUUUAUCUACUGCUAAAGGUAAUUUAUUAUCUACUCCUCCUAAAAUCAAUCGUCAACCUGUCGAUAAACUUGCUCCUGGAGAUUUUGCUAAUGAUAAGAAACCAAUUGAUGAUUCUUUAGUUGAUGAAAAGAAUUUGUAUGAAAAUAAUGUCGGUUCUUAUGGUAACGAAGCCGCAACCAAAGAAGGAACAGGUUAUUAUUUCGAUCCAAAAGAUACUCAAGGUGGGUAUUAUGGAACAGGCCCUGGAGCUUCAGAAGAUCCUGCUUUUGAAGAAGCUACAAGAGCUAAAUUAGAAAGACAACGUAAUUUGAAGACCGUUCCAACAGCCUAUCAAAAUGUCGAUGAAUCGGAAGAUGUCGCGGACACCAAAAAUUCUUCAAAUGCUGCAAAAGAUGAAAAUGAUAAGGCUCAACAAAAGGAUGCUAGAAAUGAUGAUGAUUAUGAUAAUGACGCUAAUGAUAAUGAAAAAGAGGAAUUGGAUCCUGCCGAACAACAUAGAUUGAACAAGUCAAUUUACAAUAAAGAAGGGGUAAGUUCCGCUUUGAAUGAAGGUUCUGGUUCAGAUUUGGGUAAAAACGCUGCUGCUGGUGCUGCUGGCGUAGCUGCUGGGGCAGGUGGUUAUGCUGCUUAUAAAUCUAAGGACAGUGAAGAUUCAAAGAAACAAACCAAUUCCGAAACUAAUAAGCCUUUGAAUCAUAAAACUAGUAGCAACAGUUAUGAUGAUAUUCAACCAAAUUUGUCAUAUGAUGAAAAGACUCCUAAACAAAGAGAUGUUAACUUAGCUGAAGGUAGUGCUGGUAUCCCUCCCUCCAGUGACAAAUUCGACUAUGAUACUGAAAUGAAGAGAGUUAACAAUAACAUCAAUGACACUAAGUCAAGAAUAGACUCAUUGCAAGCUGAAGAUAAUGCUUCAACCAAAGCUUUGAAAUCACCAAAUUCAGAAUAUGCUCCAAAAUCAGAUUCUGACGGACAUUCUACAGCCACCAAUGUUGGUCUUAUGGGCGGUGUGGCUGCAGGAACUGCAGCUGCAAUUGGAGCUGCUAAGAAGCUCGCAGGUCUUGACAAGGUGGAUGCUACCAAGUCUGACAUUCCAGAAGUCAAAGGUGCUUAUGAACAAGGUGUAAAAUCAGGUGCUUAUGACGCUGGUAAAGAAGCUUACAAUAACGAACAAUCUAAACCAUCCUCCAAAGAUGAAGGUUACUUCGGAAGUACUACUAAUUCCGUCCCAUCAUCUAAGAAUACCACUGAUUCUACUCAAUCUAAAUCAAUGACUGGUGCUGCUACAGGUGCUCUUGCUACGGGCACUGCUGCUUUAGGAUUAUCUGGAUCGAAUAAGAAAGAUUCUGAUGUUUCGAAAAACUCAAGCAAUAAUUCUAAAACUUUAGAUCCUAAAGCUACCACUCAAGAAGAAGAUAUCAAGACAGAAUCUUACGAAGCUGGAAGACUGAGUGGAGUUCAGGGAAUGACAAACGUUUCCAAAGACACUUCAAAAGAUGUCACAACCGAAUCUACUCCAACUCAACAUUCCGAAAGUUCUCCUGGUUUAUUUACUGGUGCUGCUGGUGUUUUAGGUGCUGCUGGUGCUGUAGCUGUUGGUGCCUUGGGUUUUGGUGGUAAACCAGACACUGCCUCAACAGUGAACGACCAAAUGGUAGUCAACGAGCUGUACGAAGCUGGUAAGAACAAAGCAACCAAAGAGAAUGUUGUAGGGUCCAAAUCAACUGAAUCUUCUACUCCAAAGAAUAUUGCAGGAAGUCACAGAGAUUCACCAACUGCUCCAAACUUGAAAGAGAUUGAUUCUGAUUAUGAAGAAGUAAACGCCAGUGGCGAGGAAAACAAUGCUGCCACCGCUGCUGCUAUUAGUUCUGCCUCUGCUACUGGUGCUGCUGUAGGUUCCGGGGUUGCUUCUUCUAAAAAGGAAAAACCAGCUAACGACUACUCUAAAAACGUUACUGGAACUACCCACGAUCCAAAAUCUUUAGUGAAUAAUGUUGCCAAUUAUCCUGACGUGUCAGAUAAACCACAACACAAAACUUCAAAGAAGGUUGAAGACUUUGAUACAAAUAAUCAAGAUACCACAGUUCCACAAGUUCAAAAGGUUCCAGGUUUAGAAUCUGACAGUGAGACCGGCGAAGCUAAUGUUACCAGGGACGAUGAGAAGUUAUCUAAAGAAACCGAUUCUGAGCACUCUUCUUCAUCACCCAAGAAAGGCUUGUUUGCUGGGGCAAUUGGUGCUGCUGCAGGGGCUUUAGGAUACCUGGCUUACUCCAAUUCCAAGCAAGAUUCUUCUCCUACCACCUCCACCGGAGGAAAAACAGUCAAUCAUGAAAGAAACUUGGUAGAGGAAGCUGCAUAUAAUCACGAAGAUGUGGCCAAAGCUCCAAAGCACGGAAAUUCAUCUUCAGGUGUAACCCAUGAUGAAAUUAAGGACGAAUUGGAUAACGAUGAUUCUGAGUUAAAGGCUUCAAAGGCUAGUGCUUCUUUAGAAAGACAAAGAGCUAAAGAAGAAGCAAUUGGUAAGUACAACAAGGAUCACGGGUUUUUAGCUUCAAGCGCAAAACCAUUGAUUGAGGUUGCUGAUGUCGAUUCAAAUUCUAAAUCCGAAACCUUAAAUUCAGAAGAAAAAAAAAAAGCAACCCAGUCUGAUUUAACCGACGGACCAGCUCAAGAAAAAUCUAAAGAUAAUUCAAACUUGAUUAAAGGAAGUGCUAUAGGUGGUGGAAGCGUUGCUGCUGCCACUGCUGCUGUCGCAGGUUUAUCAAAAAAACCUUUCAGCAAAGAAGCCAAUUUUUCUGAUGACGAUUUACAUUUAGGAAAAGACAUGAAGCCAUAUUACAAUGCUGGGUAUGAAAGAGGUGCCUAUGAUGCUGGUAAGACUAAAGCUGAUGAUGAGCACAAGUCUUCCAAGUCAUUUCCAAGUGGUGCGGCUGGAGGUGUUGCAGGUGUGGGAUCUUCUCACAGUAGUGCGAGCUCCAAACCGUUAGAUUCCAGUAAAAGUAAAGAUAAUAAUGAAUCAGGAUUGAUUGUCGAAGUUAUUGGAGUUGAUGAUAAGAAAGUUGCUGCCAGAUUGGCCAAAAAAGCUUCCAAAGAAUUAAAAGCACAAGGUAUCGACUUAUCAUCUGGAAAAUUAGUCAUCAAUGCAGAAACUAAAGAAGUCUAUAAGAUUGAUGCUGAUGAUAAAGUCCAUGAUGCAAUUGACUUGAAUUCACCACUUGUCUCAUCGUCGUCUACAUUUGAUAAUGACGAAAAAGCUAAGGAAAGAUUGAGUGCUGCUGCUCAAUCAAAUACUCAAAGUAAAAGCUCCACUGGUAAGAAUGCUGCCAUUGGUACUGGUGUUGGUGCUGCUACUGCAGGUACAGCUUAUGCUGCUUUACAUCAUUCUAAAAAGUCAGAUGUCCCCUCAUCAUAUGAGUCUAAUCCCCCAACAAGUAAAUCCCAAGGUGAAAAAUCCUUGGAUUCUUCAUCAGGUGAAAAGCCUACUUAUACUACAUCAUCGGAAAUCAAAUCACACUCUAGGGCACCCGUAACUGGUGAUGCUGCUACCAGGGAUUUAGAUCAAGAUUCACAAACUGUUAACACUCACGCAAAGAGCCACGCACCUGAGGUUGUUGCUAGUGCUUUAGGUGCUGGUGCGGCAAUGGGAGCUGGUGUCGCUGCAGUCAACCAUUCAGAAAAGAGCAAACUUGAAGAUAAUAAAGGCGUCAAAUCCAGUACUGCUGUUGAAGAAAAGGCAAAACCUCUAGAUUCAGGAUCAGGUCCUGCUGAAUCCGACAUCAUUGUCACAGUCCACGGAGGUAAUGAUAAGGAAGCCAGUAAAAUCGCCGAGAAAGUUGUCAAAUCGUUGAAAACUAAACCUGAGAUUUUAUCCACCAUCAAGGAAAUUAAGAUUAAUGCAUCUACUGGAGUUGUUACUGAUGAAAAAGGUAAUGUCAUUGCUAGAGAAGAUGUUUCAAACUUAGAUUCAAAGGUCGAUGUCAAUAGUCAGACAUCUGGACACCAUGGUUUGGGUAAUACUGCGGGAGCUGGAAUUCUUGCUUCAGGAUCGACUGGAGUUGUCGUCUCUGGAGCUGAAAAAUUGAAAACUUUGGAGAAAGAUCAAAAUACUGCUUCCACACAUAUAGGAGCUCCCAGUGGAGCCUCAGCCAAUGUUACUCAGCCAUUGGACCCUGAGUUUGAUGAAGGUGUCGGUGCAUAUGCAUCACACAACCAACUGCAAGCUUACAAUCAAAAAGUAAAUUCUGGAUUGCACAGUCAACCAGAAGUUGCUAAAGACGGUAGCAAUGAUGUCAAUGAUAACCACUACCGUCAAUCAGUAGGGCCAAAUUUGACUCAUGAUGAUUCUGUUGAUAAUAAAACCCAAAGUAGAGGUUUCGAAAGUCAAGAAAAUGCUGCCACAUCUUUGAGCAAGGCAGCUGAAGGCUCAAAUAAGGGUUCCCAUCCUAAGGAAGUCAAUCCUAAAAUCAAUUCAGCCCUUGCUGGUAAGCCUGAAAUGAAGAAAGGCACUACUGAAGAACAUUUCCGCCACGAUAUUGGUUCAUAUGAAAGUAAAGAUACCGAUGAUGGUUUAAGCAAAUCUGCUAUCGGUGCUGGACUUGCAGGUAUUGGUGGAUUAUCAGCUGCAGGAUAUGCAGCUACACACUCAAAGCAACCUAAGAAUUCAGGUGAGAUCACUAAAACCAGCACUGACACAUCUUUAAUGAAUCCUACUCCUGCAAACACAACUGUAGAUGAUACUGCCCCUGUGGAUGAAUUUGAUUCUGAGGCGGCCAUAAAUGGCGGAUCAAAAUCAAAAGUGAUUGGCUAUGAUGCUUCAGCUGAUAAAGACUUGACAAAGGCUGAACGUCAACCAGUUUCUGGAUAUGACGCUAAUAAUAAUAGCUCAAUAGGUGCUCCUUCUGCCGCUUCACUCAACAGUGAAGAUACCAAACUGACAUCUUCAUCCAAGAAGAAAAAAUCUUUAUUCGGCUUCUUGUCAAGAAGCAAAUCUGCUAAAGAGAGGGAACAAUUAGAAGCCAGCAGUAAAUUACCUGUCGAAGAGAGUGAAGAUUUGAGUAAAUCAAGUAAAAGCGAAAAGCCAACUGAAAAGUCAAGUAUUCCAAUUCCAACUGCAAUGAAAAGUAGCACUUCUGGAGGAAGUAUUUCUCCUAUCGCUGGAUCCUCGUAUUCAUCUAAUUCAACUACUCAAGUGGACACUUCCCAUGCCCAAGGCUCAAACGCCCCAUUUUCUUAUGGAACUAAGGGUGAUUUCACCGAUUCAACCAUUCCACCUAAGGACACUCAAACAAGUGAAACCCAAAAUACCAACUGGGGUGUUAUUGGAGGUGGUGGUGCUGCUGCCGCUGCUGCUGCUGCAGGUAUUGCAUACGGCUCUGGAAAAGAGGGUCACAAGACUGAAGUCCCUCAAACCAAGAACGAUAAUGUCAACAACUUGGAGAGUUUGGAAAAAACUGCUAAAAGCAAGAUUGAGCAUCAAUCAGAACCAUCUAAUGAAUUAUACGGUAACUCAACUAAUUUGGGUGGAAACAAAUCUGCACCCGAUUCCUCCAAAUUAGAUGAUGCUUACUACGGAUAUGCUUCUAAGAAUGCUAAAGAUCAAGACAUAGCAGGCAUUGAAAGUAAUGAGCAUUCCAGUGCUCACUCAUCAAAAUUCCCACAAUCUUCAGGGUCUCCCAAUGAUGUAGUUAUUGACAUAGUUGGGUGUCCUAAAGAUGUUCAGGAAAGACUUCAAGCUGAGAAAUUGAAAUUAGUCCAGGAACAUCCCGAAUUGAUUCCUUCUUUGACCAAGAGAAUUGUUUUCGAUGCUAAAACUGGAAUUGCAUAUGAUGGUACUGGAAAGCAAAUUUCAGCAUUAUCAACAUUAAGGUCAUACUCACUUGACGAAAAUUUCCAAAGCAAUAAAGUAGAAAUGCCAGGAUCAUUUUUCAAUUAG